AUGUUAAGGGGUUUCUACAUUGUGGGUUGUCUGCUUUCCUCUAAACUGUUUCAUCCUGAUGCUUUAUUGAAUACUCUACGGGUUACUUUUAAUUCGGGUAAGGGGUUGGAGUUUAAGAUGAUUGAGGGUGAUUGGUUUUUACUUAAAUUCGCUCAUAUGCUGGAUCAUGACCCGGUUAUUGUAAGGUAUCCUUGGGAUUAUGAUAAAAAUCUCCUGAUUCUUGUGCUGGUGGAUCCCUCGGACAACCCCAGUUUGGUUGAUUUGAAUUUCUACGAGUUUCAUGUGCACAUUCACAGUUUGUCGUUGGGGAAGAUGACGAAUGAUGUAUGCUUGUUUAUUGGGAACAGAUUGGAUGUGGUCAAGGAGACCAAUUUGGAUUUGGAUGGUGUGGGUUGGGGUUCUUUUGUCAGGAUUAGAGUGGCAAUAGAUGUGAACAAACCUCUCAAAUGGGCUUUAAAACUCCAGAUAGUGUUGGGGGGCGAGCAACUAAUCACGUUCACUUAUGAGAGACUCCCGAACUUCUAG